UUGCUUUAUACUUUUUGUUUGUUUCAGGUAUGCUGGUCACUAUUCUAGGGAACGGUGUGGUCAUUAUCUCCAUUGCUCACAUUAAACAGCUCCACACGCCAACUAACAUGCUUAUAAUGUCUUUGGCAGUUGCAGACCUGCUGCUUGGAGUGACUGUGAUGCUUAGUACAAUAAGGGCUUGGGAGGGCUGCUGGUACUUUGGAGAUGCUUUUUGUUUGCUGCAUUCUAGUUUUGAUAUGUUCCUCACAUCUGUUUCAAUUUUCCACCUGGUAUUCAUAGCCAUAGAUCGAUAUGAGGCUGUGUGCAGUCCACUUCGCUAUUCCACCAAGAUUACAAUACCAAUUGCAUGGCUCAUGGUUUUUGCCAGUUGGGCCGUUGCUGCAUUGUACUCCUAUGGCCUACUAUAUUCAAAAGCAAAUGUAAGAGGACUGGAUGAAUUCAUUGCAUCCAUAUACUGCCUGGGAAGUUGUAAUCUUUUCCUUAAUGCUCUGUGGGGCGCCCUAGACACAUUGAUAGCCUUUUUCUUUCCAUGCUCUGUAAUGGUGGGUUUGUAUACCAAAAUAUUUUUGGUGGAAGAACAUCUAAGGAAGAUUGAAGACAGCCAAAAUAAUUCCAAUGAGGGAGGUAGAGGUGUGGUGUCUAAACGGUCAGAGCGGAAAGCAGCUAAAACUUUAGGCAUUGUGGUGGGUGUUUUCAUCUUUUGCUGGUUGCCUUUCUUUAAUUCCAUAGUUGAUCCAUACACAAACUUUAGCACACCACCUAUUCUCUUUGAAGUGUUUAUCUGGCUGGGUUACUUUAAUUCUACUGCAAAUCCAAUCAUCUAUGCACUGUUUUAUCCAUGGUUUCGGAAAUGUCUUAAUCUCAUUGAGUAG